AUGCAGGUGAAGUCUUGGGGCCUUCCCUGGAAAGUCUUCCUUCGGAAGAAGAGCCGCCAGGAUCCAGAGUUCACGCGCUAUGUGCACGAAGCCAAGAAAGAAGCCUCGGGCGUGUCCAUGGCCAAGCAGCAUGCAAAGUUUUCUCCGUACUACUUGCCUGCCCAGGGCUACAUGCACCCGGCACGGCAAGAGUUCAUGGAGGGUUCCGUCCAGCCCGAGCUGAAUCUCUGGUGGCGCGACAGCCCCGCCUUGACGGCCGCCUUCCGGCGUCGCCUCGGAGAGGCAAAGUCGUUUGAGGAGGCCCACGCAGACCACCGCGAGCCGAACAGCUUUCGCUACGGUCAAACCUUCGGCGGAGGCGGGAAGAACAAUGUGAGCCCCCGGAAGCGCGGCAAGACCCACCGAUAUCGGUUCCUGCGGCCCUUCUGA